AUUAAUAGGAAAUUAACCGGAGAAGAGGCGGUGCCUGCGUCCCGCCCGCGCAGUAAAACUCAGUGCCCGCGCAACGCGCCUGCCCGGGACUGGUCUGCAGCUUUACUUCUCUUCGGAUUCGCAGAUUCCAGACCACAAUUGAAAAAAAUGGUUGACCUCACCCAGGUAGCCGAGAAUGAAGCAUUCAUGGCCUUUGCCUCCUAUGCAACAAUUAUUCUUUCAAAAAUGAUGUUUAUGAGUACUGCCACUGCAUUCCAGAGAUUGACAAAAAAGGUUUUUGUCAACCCAGAAGACUGCGCGCAUUUUGGCAAAGGAGAAAAUGCCAAGAAGUAUCUUCGGACAGAUGACCGAGUGGAACGUGUACGAAGAGCCCACCUGAACGACCUUGAAAAUAUUGUGCCGUUUCUUGGCAUCGGCCUCCUGUAUUCCUUGAGUGGUCCAGAUGUCUCUACAGCCCUCCUGCACUUCAGGCUCUUUGUCGGAUCGCGGAUCUACCACACAAUUGCAUACUUGACACCGCUUCCCCAGCCAAAUCGAGCUUUGGCUUUUUUUGUGGGAUAUGGAGUUACAUUUUCCAUGGCGUAUAAUUUGCUGAAGAAUAGAUUGUACCUGUAAGGAGAGUCAUAAAACUCAACAUCCAGUUGGUUUUUGUUAAGAAUUCUGUACUUCCAGUUUAUGAUGAAUACUUUCUUAGGUUUUAGGGGAGUGGCAAGGAUUUAAGAAUUGGACAAAACUCAUUUUGAAUAUUAGCAUCCACAGUGUCCUUCAUUCGUUUUAUGUUUGCACUAGAAAUCUAACAUAAUGAUUCUUAAAUCUUUUGCCUUAUUUUUAAAGAACUUUGUUAUACAUUUUGAUUAUGGUGUAGUUUGUAACUUUCGCUUGACACUUCAUAUUUUUACUCUAUGAAAAGAACAAUUACAUGUGUGCUAAACUUAUAUUUCUAUAUUGUUGAAAUGGGCACAUGAAAUAAAGAAUUUAAAUGAUAA